AUGAACAACGACUUGACAACUCAUGAAUAUGCACGUAUGAAUGUAUCACCACGUGCUAAUCACCAUCUACAACUUCAUCCAUUAGCUCUUACUGUAGGUGUUCUUGGUUUGUUUCUACUAUUUUUUCUUGUCACUGCAUCGUCCUAUCAAAAGCAAAAACUUCAGAUUCUAGCACGUAAAAUGCUAUGGAAGAAGCGAAAAUCCAUGAUGGAAGAAGAAGAGGACAGAGGAGGACCGUACAUUGAGUGGUGGAAGGAAGAAUAA